AUGUAUAUGUGUGUGUGUCUGUGUCUGUGUGAUUCCUUUCAUUCUUUUCUUUUUCUUUCUCUCAUACUUUUUCUUUUGCUUUUUAUCUUUUUUUCUUUCUUUUUUUUCUUUUCCCUUCUUUCUUUUUCCUUCCUUCCUUCCUUCCUUUUUUUCUUUCUUCCUUUCUUUCUUUUCUUUCUUCCUUCUUUUUUUCUUUUUUCUUUCUUCCUUCCCUUCUUUUUUCUUUCUUUCUUUCUUCCUUUCUUUCUUUCUUUUUUUUUCUUCCUUCCUUUUCUUUUCUUUCUUUUCCUCUUUCUUCCUUCCUUUCUUUCUUUUCUUUUUCUUCCUUCCUUCUUUCUUUCCUUUCUUUUCUUCCUUUUUUUCUUUCUUUCUUCCUUUCUUUCUUCCUUUCUUUCUUUCUUUUUCUUUCUUCCUUCCCUUCUUUCUUUCUUUAUUUCUUUCUUCCUUCCCUUCUUUCUUUCUUUCUUUUUCUUCUUCCUUCCCUUCUUUCUUUUCUUUCUUCUUUCCUUUCUUUCUUUCUUUCUUUCUUUUUCUUUCUUCCUUCCCUUCUUUCUUUCUUUCUUUCUUUCUUUCCGUUUUGACUUUGUGUUUCUUUUUUCUCUUACUUUUCUUCUGUACUGA